UCAGCUUUGCUAUCAUCAUGUCUGACGUCCAGAAGGCCAUGACGCUCCUCAUUAACUCCUUCAGCAAAUAUGCUGGCAAGGAGGGUGACAAUCAGACCCUGAAUAAGGCAGAGCUGAAAGAUCUGCUUCAGAAUGAACUUGGAGAUCUGCUGGGGAAAGCCAGUGACAAAGCGGCGGUGGACCGCAUCUUCAAGACCUUGGACGCAAACCAGGACAACAGUGUGGACUUCAACGAGUUUGUCAACAUGGUCAGCUGCCUCACCGUGAUGUGUCACCAGUACUUCAACCAAUCAGCCAAAAAAUAAGGAUCCAAGCGCCACCUUGGGGCCAGCAGAGAGAUAGAGAUCCCAUGACAGCUGUUCUGAAGAAGAAAUGCAUUUUAACUACUAUUUACUAAAAAGACCUUGAAGUCACAAAACUAUAUACUGUAACGCACAAUGAAAUAAACUUCUUUCUUUGAAAAACUUGA